AUGGCGUACUACGAGGACCGCCGUUAUCGCGAGCCGCGCGACCGCUACGCCCCCCCGCCAAUUAUGCUGAUCCAUAUGAUGACCCUCGUGGCCCGCGAAUAUCCACCAGGCUCAGACUAUGUCUACGAGCGGUCAUAUGACUCUCGGCGGGCGAGACGACCCGUCUACGAGAACGUGCGCCGUGCCUCCUCCAUCAGCGGUUACGAUCCACACAACGAUGCUUCCUACCGAAACUCCCGUCCUCGCGGGUCAAGACACUACGAGGAGAAACGCUCCCGUCGCUCCAGAUACGAUUCUGAUUCUUCUCCAAGUCGCUCUCCACCCCGCCACAGACGUCGCAAGUCAUUCAGCGAGCAAGCCCUGGGUGCCAUAGGCCUCGGGGGUGCCGCUGCUUCGGCCAGUCGCGGAGAGCGUGGCCGCGGCGGUUCCCCGUCCCACCGUCGCCGUAGAUCAUAUUCAAGGUCGCCGUCAGAUUCGCGCAGUCGCAGUCGCAGCCGCCAUCGCGGUGGUAGCAAACGUGAUAAGAGCGAGCAGCGCCUCAUACAGGCUGCUCGUGCUGCCUUGACAGCCGGCGCAGUUGAGGCUUUCAAACAGCGCAAAGAGCCCGGUGACUGGGCUGGCGCAAAAGGAAAGCGCGUCCUCACUGCUGCUGUGGCCGCUGGUGGUACCGAUGGCCUUGUUGAUAAAGAUCCCAGCAAGCACGGAAAACGUCAUGUAAUCGAGUCCACGCUUGCAGGUCUGGCCGCCAGUCACUUUGUUGGUGGUGGCUCACGCUCGCGAUCUCGUGGCCGAGACGGUGGUCGCUCUUCCGGUAGUGGCAGUGGUCUCAAGAACCUUGCCGCUACUGGAGCUAUUGCUGCUGCAGGAAAGGAAAUCUUUGAUCGAUACUCAAAAUCACGAUCUCGGCCUCGCGGCCGCAGCGAUUCCCGUGGCAGCAGUGAGGAGCGUGGUUCCCACAAGCGCAGCAAGAGCGUUUCGGACUACAUCAGCAAGGGUAUGGCCGCCCUGGGACUUGGAGAACAAGAAGACAGCCGCCGCGACAGCCGAGACAGUCGUAAGGAGCUCCACCGGGAGUAUCGUCGGGAGCAUCGGGACGACAGAGAGCGGCGUCAUCGCCGGGGAACUCGACACGACGACUCUUCGGAUUCAGAUGCGGACAGCGAUUAUUACGACAGGGACUCGAGACGGAGCAAAGGCUCGAGAGAUGUAGGUCGACACCGUUCAUUGGACGGAAGAAAUCCACCCCCAUAUGCACCCAGCGGCACUACACGUGGUGAACCACGUGGCGGUUCAAAGGACCGUGGCCACGGGUCCAGCUCCGAGAGUGAUUCUGACCUAGGUGACAGUUCUGAUGAAAUGAAGCAACGGAAGAAAUUGAAGCGGGAUAUGCUGCUGACGGGAGGUCUGGCCAGUGUGGCUACCAUCCACGCUGCGCACGGUCUCUAUGGUAGCGUGGAGAAGAGGAAAAAGCGCAUGCAGCAGUUGAAAGAAGGAGAGAUUACGCCUGAGGAGGCUCGGAAACGACGGAUGAAAGCUAACACCAAGGACGCUAUGAGUAUUGGUCUUGCGGCACUCGGUAUCAAGGGCGCCUAUGGUGAAUGGAAGGAGGUUAUGGAGAAGCGAAAAGAAAAUACACAUUUCCAGGAGGAAUGUGCCCAACGAGCGAUUAGGCGUCAGCGUCGUCGCGCUCGUAGCCAAGGUGCACCUUCCCAUCGUCAUCGAUGGCCUGAUGAGAUUGAAUAUCCCCCUUUGAUAAACGAAUCCCGGAACGACAACACCCCAAUUUACCGUGAUGGAAAUCCUUAUGGGGCCCAUGAAGCACCGCAGAUCUCUUACUAG